AUGGCUACGACAGAGCGUGGGAAGACUGUGAUAGUCUGGUUAAUCGUGUUUACAAUACUUGUAAUACUGAGUAUGAUCGGUCGAUUUUGGGCCCGACGGAUACAGCGAAGAAAGCUUUCUCUCGACGACUUUUUCGUUGUCUUUGCAUUUCUUAACCUCAUUGGACUCGAGAUUCCAACAUUUAUGAGCUACCAUCAUAAUCUCGGAGCUCAUGCAGUGGACCUAACUUAUGAAGAUUCCACAUUUCAACAUAAGGCCCAGUAUUCCGCCUCCUUCACUUGGACGUUUGCGACAUGUUUUGCGAAAUUGGCGGUAUUAUGGAUGUACCUCUCUAUUUUCCCAGGUCGCAGGCUCAAGUGGGCCGUCUACGUGACGAUGGGGCUUAGUGUUGCCUUUUUGAUCGCCUUCGUACCAAUUUUCAUGACUGUGUGCCUGCCAGUAUCAGCGCAAUGGAGCCCCGACAUUAUGUUUACCUUGGCUCACUGCAGGGCCAUUCAAACCCAAGAGUUCGCAUCAGUAGGGGCGAACAUGGCUCUGGAUCUAAUUAUUGUCAUAAUCCCGAUUCCCUCUGUAUGGUCCUUACAGAUGAGUGUAGCCAAGAAGGUUUUCGUUACAUCUAUGUUCAGCCUGGGAUUGGCCGUGGUCGGUAUUGGCGCAUGGAGAAUCGACACUACUAUUAAAUCCACGAAGUCGGUCGACUGGAGCUGGUUCGUUGUCCCUGUCGGGCUACAAAGCCAUCUCGAGCUUUGGCUUGGAAUCAUCGCUGCAAACUUGCCGCAAAUGAGCCCUCUAUUGACUAGGCUCCUUCUUCCAGCCAUGUCAAGUUUUUAUAAAUCAGUCACCUCUAGCAGAUACACUCUGGGUCGAACUGGUGGACAAAAAGACACGUCUGGGUCGACGGAUGAUUCGCGGGGGGGAAAUAGCAGCCGGAGGAGAUUCACACAAAUCAGUGACGAAAGAACCGAGCUUGAAUCUAUGGAAGUCCCUCUUAGCAAAAUCGAAAGACGCCACGAAACUGAUAUUGAAUCCGGGCAGCAUGACUCUCAGGAAAUUCCCAAGUCAAAGAUUUGGCGGGAAAUCGAGGUCAGCAUAAAUCAUGAAUAG